GAAAUAUCAACAGCCAUUACUUUUCCAUCGUGUCCAGCCAAUAUUUUAAGUAAACUCCAACAUCAGGCAAUACUUGACGAGUUUGAACGAAAGAAACGUGCAAGGACUUUAGCUGUGCCCACCGAUGACGGUCGCGUGAGAGCAAAACUUAGAGAACUUGGUGAACCACAAUGUUUAUUUGGAGAAGGUCCUGGUGAUCGGCGUGAUCGUUUGCGAUAUUUAUUAUCGAAAUUAGAGGGUACUGAAAUAGUUCCUGAUGAAGAUGAGGAAACUGAGAGCGAAUCUGAGGAAGAAAGGGAAGAAGAAUUUUUCACUCAAGGGACUUUAGAACUUUUGGAAGCUCGUCGAUGGAUUGCGAGAUAUUCUUUACCAAGAGCCAGAGACCGUCUUCGUAAGCAACGAGCCGAGUACGAUUUACCACUACCCCAGAUAAAAUCUGUGAGAAAAGAUCUAUUUACAGGAUUAAAGUCCUAUGCGAACUUUAGCUCACAAAUUGGAGAUGAUCGUCCAAUUUCACAAUGUGUUUUCUCACCUGAUUGUAGUUUAAUUGCUACUGGUUCUUGGUCUGGUUUGUGUCGAAUAUGGAGUGUACCAAGUUGUGAAACCGUGAUAACAUUUAAAGGACAUGCUGAUCGUAUUGGUGGUGUUGCAUGGCAUCCACAAUCUACCCUUUCUAUAGACAAGAGUGUAGUAAACCUAGCUUCGGGUGCAGCUGAUGGUUUAAUUAAUUUAUGGUCUUUGGAAAGUGAUUCGCCAUUGGGCACGUUGCGGGGACAUACGUCUAGAGUGGGUAGGAUUGAUUUCCAUCCCUCAGGAAGAUUUAUUGGAUCAGCAAGUUUCGAUUAUUCAUGGCGCCUUUGGGAUAUUGAAACAACUGGGGAAUUGUUACUUCAAGAAGGACAUUUUAAAGAAGUUUAUGCAAUUCGAUUUCAAAAUGACGGCGCUUUAGUGGCUACAGGUGGAUUAGAUGCUAUUGGACGUGUCUGGGAUCUAAGGACGGGACGAUCUGCUAUGGUCUUAGAAGGGCAUGUUAAAGACAUUUUGAGCGUAGACUUUUCGCCGAAUGGCUAUCAAGUUGCUACUGGAAGCGCGGAUAAUACUAUACGCAUUUGGGACAUUCGGACUUUGCGAUGCACCUAUACUAUUGCUGCGCAUAAAUCUCUUGUAUCUGAUGUGAAAUUUUUUCACGCUUCAUUAGCGUUUAUCAGUGAAGAGGAUGCCAGAGGUAUUAAACCAACAGUAUCCGGAUUAUAUUUGGCAAGUUGUGGUUAUGAUGGUUUUGUGAAUAUUUGGUCUGCUGAUGAUUGGAGUUUACUUAAAAUAUUGGCUGGACACGAUGGAAAAGUAAUGGCUGUUGAUAUUUCCUCAG